AUGUCAAAGCUUGGUCGUGAUAUCUUGGUGCAGGGGAUACUAGUAAGAUUAGAUGUGAAAGACGUUCUUCGUUGUACAAGUGUUUGUAAGUUAUGGCGAUUUUUAAUUAUCUCCCCUCUUAAUACUUUUACUAAACUUCAUCUUAACCAUAAUAUUAAUAAUAAUAAUCACAACACUACUACUAAAAGGGUUCGUAUAUCUAACAACCCCAAACAGGACGAUCAUAGAAUAAUGUACCACAUCGAACAUCCCUAUCGAACUAUUCUUGUUGGUUCCUGUAAUGGCCUUGUAUGCAUCUCGUCGUCCCCUUGUCAUCUUUAUGUAGCCAAUCCGUUCACUAGGGAGGUAAUCAAGAUACAGGAAUCAUCUCCUAUUUCUCAUAUGCCCGACAUUUUGGCUAUCGUUAUAUCAUAUUGGGGUUUUGGUUAUGAUUCAUCUACGGACGAUUACAAGAUUGUGUUAGGGAUAUAUUUAAAGUCCGUGACUAAUUUUCAUGUUUUAAGCUUGAAAACAAAAGUUUGGAAAUUUCUUGGAUCACAGCCUUGUAUGCUUACCACCAAAGCUGCUACCUUUUUCAACGGUGUGCUUCAUUGGCUUAUUGGUAAUCAAAAUAAUAAAAGACGUAUCCUUACUUUCGAUUUAUCUCGUGAGGAAUUCAAAGAAUACCGACUUCCUGAUAUUGUUCCUGAUCCUAAAUUGGGGGUUGCCAAAGGAUGUCUAUGCCUAUUCGAUUAUGGAGAACUUCCUUCCGACAUCGUAUGGUUAAUGAAAGAAUACUAUGUACAACAGUCAUGGACACUUGUGCCUUUUGUUCCUGAUAAGAGGGAUGAUGAAAAGGAGGCUAUACACUUCUACGAUCUGGACAAGAAGUACCCUCGAAAUAAAGGUGUGUUUCACACUGAUCACAUCAUCAUGUCCUCAACAUGGGAAGCUCUUCUUGACCCUAUAUUUGUUCCUAGCCUUGUAUCUCCCCGUGUAAUUUACACGAGUAGUCUGAAGAGAAAGAGGGAGCCGGCUGAGAACAAUGAUACGGCGGCCAAGGUUUAA